CCCAGGUUAAUUUCUAUAUACACAUUGGUUCAUUAUCUACGUUUCUUCAUAUAUUUAUUUAUUUGUUUAAUUAUGUAUUUAUUUUGGGGAAACAUGACAAUAUGGUGCUUUAAAAUGUAAGAGUAUAUUUAAAUGGAAAUGUACAUGUUCAGACAUGUUUCUGUGAGAAAGUGUGUUUAGUGUGAUAGGAUUGGUUAAAACACGGGUUAAACCCGCCUUCUGUCUGAUGUGAGUUCGGUGAUUGGUUUGGAGGGGUGUCGGUAAAGAGAGAUGGAGAGAGAAAGAGGGAAGGAUGAUGUGAUGUUAUCAACACGAUAAUAUGUAAUGUUUAGUCGAACGAAACUUGUGUAAUUUAAGUGUUAAACACUGUUUUUUUUCCGUGGUGAAGUCAGUGUGACAAUCCAACGUAGUCAGCACGACACGGUUUGGAAAAAUAACUGUUAGUUUAACGCUGAAUUGCCAUUAUACGGUCGGCGGGGACUUUGAUCAAGUUCAUCAUUUGCACCGACGCAGUAACGGACAUCCUUUGUAAUUUAGCGAUUCUUAUGAACUAUCACUAUAUGGGGUGAGAGCCAGACAGGACCGCCGCUGUGGAGUUCAAACAACGCACAUAAUUGCAAAGUGUUGAAGUUUCUCGGACGCUGUGGGAAGAUCGUAAAGUUCGCCGGUUGAGCAAAGCUUUCCAUACCAAUCUAACGGGUGACGCAAAACGCCGACUCCUACCGGAUACCAUCAGGUACAUUUCUUUCUUUUAUUUGUGCUCUUAUAGAGUGAAGCGGCCAGUGUUGUGUUUUGAUCGGCCUCUACGCACACAAGCGACGCUCAGGCCUGCAACGGGGGGUUUGUGUGUUAGGUGUGAGUGUGUGUGUAUGGUGGGCCCACAAUAAGUUUUCUUUAUUAAGUAGCAUUGUGGUUUAUUUAUGGUGUUUUAGUGCUUAAACACCGGGGUACAGUUUGUAUUGGAGCUUGAAGUUUCGUUCUAGAUUUUAUGUUGGCUUGACAAAGCCUUUCCUGUUAUUUCCAUACUGUUUAUGUAAAUAUAUCAAUGCUAUUGGUAUAGUUUGUUAAUGACCACCGUGUAUUUCAUGUGUACCUAAAGUAAUGUGAAGAAAAGAGAGAGUUAUUGCAUAGCUGUUGAUUUGAAUUAACCCUUGAGGUGCCUGUAAUUAUAAACAAAAGAGACUGAUACACUGCAUAGUAAAGUAACUGUUUAUUUGCAUUUUGUACGCAGUUCCACUUACAUUCACUGUGUUUAGUUUUUGUUCAUUUAUUUUUGGGGUUUAAAAUAAACCUGUUGUAUAUAUACAUAUUUCAUUUUGUAAAUUGUUAUUACUUACCUGAUAUACUGAAGUAGUCAUUUAAAAAAAAGGGUGCUUUGUGAAUAACAGAGUAAAAUUUGAUAAACAGUUUAGACAGCAAGGGGUCAAAGAUCAGAAGUUCACGUCGAGAGACAUCAAUAACAGAAUCCGGGUAUUAGCGUCUAUAACUGGGAGGGUGAAUUUAACUCAAUACCUGAAGGGGGCGCUACAUAAGUGGGGGCUCGUCCGGGAUUCUUGUUUUCUUGCUGGUAAACUGCUGGAACAUAUGCAAUGUACUAGAGAAAGAUUUUCAUAGUUUAUACUCACCUAGGGCAAGCAAUCAUGGAAACUGGUGAUUCAGUUUGGCAAGCUGAGCUUGAUGAUUGGUGUCAGCAGGCAGUAAUUGAUCGAAAACAUGCAGUGCUGUUAUUGGGAGUGCCUUCAGACAUUGAGGUGGCAAGAAUUGAAGAGACUGUUCAAACAGUCAAAGCAUUAGGAAGGGUGAGAGUUCGAGAUCGUAAAGCAGGGACAAAACCAGGGUUUGUACUUGUGUUAUGUGAGUGCAAAGAAGUGAUUGAUCCUUCCCGCAUCCCAUCAGAAGUCAUACCUGAAGGAGGCGGGAGACCAUGGAAAAUGACAGUAGCAGACAGUGAUGAAUCACCAACUUCUGGGUUUGCUGCGAAGCUAUCACAGCUGCUAAAGCAAGAAGGGAAGUCCUUUUCUGAUCUUCAAGCUAUGUUUACUCCACCCAACCCAAAUGCAGGGUCCCCAGAAUCGAUAAUUCGUGCAGUUGGGGAACUGCUGGAAAAGACUGCCAAACCUGUCAGUGAUGGAAGUGCAUACCGACGUUUAAGGAUAUUUUCAGGGACUAUCCCUGUUCCGGCGAGUGAAGAGGGGUUGGAGAGCUGGAUGGAUCAAGCUAGAAUGAUGGUUGUGGAGUGUGAAUGCUCGGAGAAAGAGAAACGCCGACGCAUCAUUGAAAGCUUAAAGGGUUCAGCUCUAGAUGUAGUGAAGGCUGUCAGAUUUUCCAACCCAGAGGCAACGUCCCUACAGUAUCUUGAAGCUCUGGAGGGUGCUUUUGGAACACCUGAAACAGGCGAGGACUUAUAUUUCGCUUUCAGGUUGUUAAGGCAGAAUGUUGGAGAAGCUCUCUCUGAUUUUUUGAAGAGGCAGGAAAAGUCUUUGACUAAAGUGGUGCAAAAAGGUGGACUGCUCGGGAGGAAUGUGGACCAAGCAAGAGUCGAGCAGCUAAUUCGAGGAGCUGUUGAGUCUGAUUUGAUGUUGCUUCAGCUAAGGUUGAGAGAAAGGCGUGAAAACCCACCUACUUUUCUAGCUCUCCUUAAUGAGAUAAGGGAGGCUGAAGAAAGCGAAGCAGCCAGGCAAACUCUGGGUUUCACUACCAAGUCUGCUGCCAAGUUGCGAGAGAAAUCAUCCAGUUUGGCUGGGGUGAGAGAAUUAAAAGCUGAAAUUCAAGAGCUCCGUACAAAAGUAAUGGAAAGACCUACUACAGUACCUGAGUCAGAGGUGGUGUUGGAGUCAAAGCGUUUACCAGGUAGGAGAGGGGGUGACACAGUGGGAGAUUCAGAGCUUCAAUCAUUGAAGAAACAGGUGCAAAGACUGGAAGAGCAGUUGUCUUCGCUGAGUGUCAGACAAUCUUCACAAGUGACAAGAGAUGCACAACCUCUAAAGCAGGCUGAAGUUUCUGUUAAAGCUAGAUCUGAGAAGACUAAGGAAGAUUACUUUUGUUACAAAUGUGGGGAGGAUGGUCACAUUGCCCCGAAGUGCCCAGGUCCUGAGAAUUAUGCUCGUGUGAUACAGAAGCUGGUGCGGUCAUUACGGCAAGCCAAAAGUACCAAAAUGGACCAAAGUAGCAGUAAGGAUGAUAAAACCAGUUUUUCACGGAAAAGUCAGACCGUUGUGGUUGAGGAAAAUAGUCUUCCUGUAGGGUUAGUAGGUCCAAUCCUAACAAUCAAUAUGAAGGUUAAUGGGCAGCCCUGUGAAGCCUUACUAGAUAGUGGAUCUCAAGUCACUAUCAUCUUUGAGUCGUGGUACGCUAAAUAUCUGUCCUCUGCACCCAUUCAGCCUCUCUCUGGUUUGUCCAUUUGGGGUCUUAGCACAGCCAGCUAUCCCUACAAAGGAUACGUUUUGGUAGACGUUAAAUUUCCUGCUUCUGUCACGGGCGUUGAAGAGAAUGUUUCUGUCCUUGCACUGAUUUGUCCUGAUCCUGAAGGUCCCGAACAAGUACCUGUCAUCAUUGGCACCAAUGCAAGUUUUUUCAAACGUCUGAUAGGGGUCUGCACAGAAGAUCAUGAAACAGAUGUAGCACACAUGUUAAGAAUUCAACUACACAAUCUGGAAGUGACAUCACCUAUAAAAAGUGUAGGUGAGAAGCCUGUUGAUCUACCUGCUGGGAGAGUGAAAUGGGCUGGCCCAGGUGCUUGUGUCAUUCCCUCUAAGGGAGAAAUGUGUGCUGUUUGUACAGUGGAAUCGCAAACUCCAUUGGAGAAGGACAUUUUCCUUGUAGAAACUCCAUCGGGGGAUGUGUUGCCUGCUGGACUUUUCAUUGUUCCAGUCGUACUACAUUCUUCUGCUGUGGAGGAGAACAAGUGCAAAGUGUUAAUCAAAAAUGAGACAUGCAAAGAUGUAACUAUCCCAAUCGGGACAGUUGUGGCUCAUGUAUUCCCUACAGAUACAGUGACCGUAGCGUCUGACAUACAAACAAAGUCUAAAUGCAUUGAUCCAAAGCUGUUUGAUUUCAGUAAAUCCACCAUUCCAAAAGAGUGGGAAGAUCGACUUCGGCAGAAAUUGUCUGAAAAAGGGAAUGUAUUUUCUCUUGAAGAAUGGGACGUGGGAUUAGCAAGGGAUGUCAAACAUCGGAUCCGGCUAAGUGACCCUAGACCAUUUAGAGAACGAUCCCGACGUAUUGCUCCAGCUGACAUUGACGAUGUCCGACGACACCUCAAGGACCUGUUGGCGGCGGGGAUUAUUAAAGAAUCCCGAAGCCCUUACGCUUCCCCAAUCGUGAUUGUCCGUAAAAAGAGUGGAGCAAUACGUAUGUGUGUGGAUUAUCGCACAUUGAAUAGCAGAACUCUGCCAGACCAGUACACUACUCCACGCAUUGAUGAUGCUUUGGACUGUCUCGCUGGAAGCAAGUGGUUCUCCGUCUUAGAUCUUCGGAGCGGCUAUUAUCAAAUAGCCAUGGCUGACGAGGAUAAGGAGAAAACUGCCUUCAUAUGUCCCUUGGGAUUCUAUGAGUUUGAACGAAUGCCACAGGGUGUUAGUGGGGCCCCUGCGACAUUCCAGAGGCUCAUGGAGCGUGCAGUCGGAGACAUGCAUCUGUUGGAGGUUAUAGUGUAUCUUGAUGAUAUUAUUGUCUUCGGGUCCACCCUAGAAGAACAUGAGGAGAGGCUGCUUAAAGUCUUAACACGGUUGGAGGAGUAUGGUUUGAAAAUCUCACUUGAUAAAUGCCAACUCUGCAUGUCCCAGGUUAAGUAUGUGGGCCAUAUUGUCUCCGCUAAUGGUGUUGCUCCUGAUCCGGAGAAGAUAGAAGCCGUUUCUAAAUGGAAGAUGCCCACAGAUCUGAAGACUUUAAGAUCCUUCUUGGGAUUUUGUGGGUUUUAUCGAAGGUUUGUCAAGAAUUACUCCGCAAUCGUGCGACCCCUUACUGAACUCACCAAAGGGUAUCCUUCAGCUAGAGGAGAUGGAAAACGGACAACAGAGGGGAGGUACUUUAAAGAGUCAGAGCCAUUUGGUGAGCGGUGGAAUGAAGACUGUACUGAGGCCUUCAAAACCAUAAUAUAUUGUCUCACUCAUGCACCUGUCCUGGCCUUUGCUGACCCUACGAGGGCUUAUGUCCUACAUGUGGAUGCAAGUUUGAAUGGCUUAGGGGCAGUACUGAACCAAGAGUAUCCUGAAGGGCUCCGCCCAGUUGCAUAUGCCAGCAGGAAACUUAGUGCAACAGAACAGAGAUAUCCAACUCAUCAGCUUGAGUUUUUGGCACUGAAGUGGGCGGUAGUCGACAAAUUUCAUGAUUAUCUUUAUGGAGUGAAAUUUGUAGUAAGAACAGACAAUAACCCGCUCACUUAUGUGCUCACUACAGCAAAGUUGAAUGCCACAGGACAUCGCUGGCUGGCUGCUUUAUCCACAUAUGACUUUAGUGUUCAGUAUAAGCCAGGACGUCAUAAUAUAGACGCUGAUGUGCUGUCUCGCUAUCCUUUGUCAGAGGAGUCACCUGUUGAAUGGAUGGAAAUACCCCAAUCAGGAGUAAAAGCAAUCUGCCAAAGAGUAGCAAGCGACAAAAAUGGGGAACAUGUCGCCAGAUUGGUCGAUCAAUUGGGUGCUGAUGCAAGUAUGGUUCCGCCCAUUUAUGCUUGCCUUGCACAGUUAGAAUCAGGGAAUUUGAAACAGCUGACUUGUGGUGAACUUCAGAUUGCUCAAGACAAUGAUCCAGUCAUUGGGCCAGUGAAGCUAGCUGUGGAAAAAGGACAAGUACUUACCUCUGUCACAAGUUCCAACCCACAGGUGACUUUAUUGCAGAGACAGGGCUCUAAGUUGGUUAUCCAAGAUAAGCUACUGUACAGAGUGUUCAGAAAUUCCUGUAGUGAAGAGAAAAAACAACUUGUGUUACCUCAACAGUUCCAUCGACAAGUAAUGUACUCUUUACAUGAUGAUGCAGGACACUUAGGCAUCGAACGAACUACAGAGCUUGUUAAGGAUAGGUUUUACUGGCCUCGCAUGACUUCUGAGAUUGAGACAUAUAUCAAGAACUGUGGAAGAUGCAUAGCCAGAAAGUCUUUGCCAGGGAAACGCGCUCCUUUGAAUAACAUCACAAGUAAUGGGCCUAUGGAAUUGAUUUGUAUUGAUUUUUUGUCAAUAGAGCCAGAUUCCAAAGGAGUAGCUAAUGUCCUGGUCAUCACUGACCAUUUCACGCGCUAUGCUCAAGCUUACCCGGCAAAAGAUCAGAAAGCAGCAACGGUUGCAAAAAUCCUCUGGGAGAAGUUCUUUGUGUAUUACGGGUUGCCAGCCCGUAUACAUUCGGACCAAGGGAGAGAUUUUGAAAGUAGGCUGAUAAAAGAACUCUUGGGAAUGCUAGGGAUAAAAAAAUCAAGAACGACACCCUACCACCCUCAGGGAGACCCACAGCCAGAGCGAUUUAAUAGAACGUUGCUUUCCAUGCUGGGCACUUUGGAUUCUACUAAAAAACACAACUGGAGUCAGUAUAUCAGCAAACUAGUGCAUGCAUACAAUUGCACUAAAAACGAUGCUACAGGGUACUCACCCUACUUCCUUUUAUUUGGGAGAGAAGCCCGUUUGCCAAUUGAUGUGUGUUUUGGCACUACUCCUGUCAGGGGACGAGGACAGACAUACCAGAAAUAUGUAGAGGAUUUGAAAACAGAUCUUCAGAAAGCCUAUAACCUUGCUUCUGAAACUGCACUGAAGAGUCAUCAGAGGAAUAAACGCCUCUAUGAUCAAAAGGUGAGAUUUCAAGAUAUAAGGCCUGGUGACCGUGUGCUAAUUCGAAAUCUGAGUUUCACUGGAAAACACAAAUUGGAGGAUAAGUGGAAUUCAGCUCCUUAUAUUGUUCUUGAAAAGCUUAACAAUUUGCCAGUGUACAAACUCAAACCUGAAGAAGGGAUAGGUGGACUCAGGACAAUGCACAGGGAUCACCUUUUACCAGUUGGAGAAUUAGUAAGGAUGUCAAAACCUGUAGGUAGUCCAGAAGUUUCUCAAGGACCAAAGACCAGGUCUAGAGCUGCAAAAGAGCACAAAGGACUAUCGGAGAAGAAAAGAGUACUGGACAGUCCUGAAGCAGUGGAUGAUUCUUCGGAGAGUGAUGAGGAAAGACAUGAGUACUACUCUUCAAACUGGUCUGGACAGUGGACACCGUUAACUCCUGAUUUUCAUCAUAGUUUUGAGGUCAACAGGGAUGAAGUAACUGCUCAAACCGACAGUGAAUCUCAACCUUCAGGAGAAGAUGAAGUUGUGGAGGAAACCUGUGAAAACGGUGAUUCUAGAUCAGGAGAAGAGGAAAGUUUUGAAAUGGAAGAACACAGCUCAGGAAGUGCUUCAGACUUGGAUCCUGAACCCAUGGAACAACGUCCUAAAAGAGAGCGGAAACCUGUGUCUAAGUUAAGCUAUGAUGAACUAGGCAAGCCCAGUGACCGAACUGUAACAGUUGUGCACAGAGGAAUAGUUAUCUAUCUGACAGAUUCCUCCGAAAUUGAACUUUGCUCCUCAGAAAGAGAUCAACAUUUAUCUAAGUGUGUAAGAUGUUCUAGAAUAAGUUCAAGUUCUAAGAAUAGCCUAAUCAUUCAUAUGUAAAAGUAGUAUACUCAUGGGGACAUGAGAAUUUCAGAAGGGGGAGAAUGUAACCCAGGUUAAUUUCUAUAUACACAUUGGUUCAUUAUCUACGUUUCUUCAUAUAUUUAUUUAUUUGUUUAAUUAUGUAUUUAUUUUGGGGAAACAUGACAAUAUGGUGCUUUAAAAUGUAAGAGUAUAUUUAAAUGGAAAUGUACAUGUUCAGACAUGUUUCUGUGAGAAAGUGUGUUUAGUGUGAUAGGAUUGGUUAAAACACGGGUUAAACCCGCCUUCUGUCUGAUGUGAGUUCGGUGAUUGGUUUGGAGGGGUGUCGGUAAAAGAGAGAUGGAGAGAGAAAGAGGGAAGGAUGAUGUGAUGUUAUCAACACGAUAAUAUGUAAUGUUUAGUCGAACGAAACUUGUGUAAUUUAAGUGUUAAACACUGUUUUUUUUCCGUGGUGAAGUCAGUGUGACAAUCCAACGUAGUCAGCACGACACGGUUUGGAAAAAUAACUGUUAGUUUAACGCUGAAUUGCCAUUAUACGGUCGGCGGGGACUUUGAUCAAGUUCAUCAUUUGCACCGACGCAGUAACGGACAUCCUUUGUAAUUUAGCGAUUCUUAUGAACUAUCACUAUAUGGGGUGAGAGCCAGACAGGACCGCCGCUGUGGAGUUCAAACAACGCACAUAAUUGCAAAGUGUUGAAGUUUCUCGGACGCUGUGGGAAGAUUGUAAAGUUCGCCGGUUGAGCAAAGCUUUCCAUACCAAUCUAACGGGUGACGCAAAACGCCGACUCCUACCGGAUACCAUCAGGUACAUUUCUUUCUUUUAUUUGUGCUCUUAUAGAGUGAAGCGGCCAGUGUUGUGUUUUGAUCGGCCUCUACGCACACAAGCGACGCUCAGGCCUGCAACGGGGGGUUUGUGUGUUAGGUGUGAGUGUGUGUGUAUGGUGGGCCCACAAUAAGUUUUCUUUAUUAAGUAGCAUUGUGGUUUAUUUAUGGUGUUUUAGUGCUUAAACACCGGGGUACAGUUUGCAUUGGAGCUUGAAGUUUCGUUCUAUAUUUUAUGUUGGCUUGACAAAGCCUUUCCUGUUAUUUCCAUACUGUUCAUGUAAAUAUAUCAAUGCUAUUGGUAUGGUUUGUUAAUGACCACCGUGUAUUUCAUGUGUACCUAAAGUAAUGUGAAGAAAAGAGAGAGUACUUGCAUAGCUGUUGAUUUGAAUUAACCCUUGAGGUGCCUGUAAUUAUAAACAAAAGAGACUGAUACACUGCAUAGUAAAGUAACUGUUUAUUUGCAUUUUGUACGCAGUUCCACUUACAUUCACUGUGUUUAGUUUUGUUCAUUUAUUUUUGUGGUUUAAAAUAAACCUGUUGUAUAUAUACAUAUUUCAUUUUGUAAAUUGUUAUUACUUACCUGAUAUACUGAAGUAGUCAUUUAAAAAAGGGGUGCUUUGUGAAUAACAGAGUAAAAUUUGAUAAACAGUUUAGACAGCAAGGGGUCAAAGAUCAGAAGUUCA